GGGGACAGGGUGGGCAGAGCUCGGGCCCGGUGGAAGCUGCUGUGAGAAGAAUGAGCCAGGAUAUAUUUUCUCCUUAGGGUCUGAUGCCCGAUCCCCGGGAGCAGCUACCCAGGGUUGCCAUGAGAGAGACCUUGGAGGCCCUCAGUUCCCUGGGAUUCUCUGUUGGACAGCCGGAGAUGGCGCCCCAAAGCGAGCCAGGGGAAGGGUCUCACAAUACCCAGGAGCAGAUGUGUCCUCCCAGGGAAGAAAGAAUACUGCCCACGGGGUACGAGGCCCCCAGACUCGAGGAUGGUGCCCAUACUGAACGGACUGAGGCUCCCUGCAGAGGAGGCCAGGCACAAACACCAGCGAAGGCUGAGCCUGUGGGCUCCUGCCCAGGGCAGGAGUGGAUGAUUCGGAAGGUAAAGGUGGAGGAGGAGGAUCACGAGGCAGAAGAAGAGGUCGAAUGGCCUCAGCAUCUGUCGUUACUCCCCGGCCCCUUUCCUGCGCCUGACCUGGGGCCUCUGGCCGCCGCAUAUAAGCUGGAGCCGGGGACUCCGGCCGCGCUGGGUGGCCUCGCGCUGGCCGGGUGGGCGCCGGCCUCAGAGAAGCCCUAUGGCUGCGGGGAGUGCGAGCGGCGAUUCCGGGACCAGCUGACCUUGCGGCUGCACCAGAGGCUGCACCGCGGCGAGGGCCCCUGCGCCUGUCCGGACUGCGGCCGCAGCUUCACGCAGCGCGCGCACAUGCUGCUGCACGAGCGCAGCCACCGCGGCGAGCGGCCGUUCCCGUGCUCCGAGUGCGACAAGCGCUUCAGCAAGAAGGCCCACCUGACCCGCCACCUGCGCACGCACACGGGCGAGCGGCCCUACCCGUGCGCAGAGUGCGGCAAGCGCUUCAGCCAGAAGAUACACCUGGGCUCGCACCAGAAGACGCACACCGGCGAGCGGCCCUUCCCCUGCACCGAGUGCGAGAAGCGCUUUCGCAAAAAGACGCACCUGAUCCGCCACCAGCGCAUCCACACGGGCGAGAGGCCCUAUCAGUGCGCGCAGUGCACACGCAGCUUCACGCACAAGCAGCACUUGGUGCGACACCAAAAGGUGCACGAGGCGGCCGCCCGAGCCCCGCCCGAGCCCGAAGUGCCCAAUCUAGUCGCCCAUUCCAGGGCCCACAGCGGCGCCAGACCCUUCGCCUGUGCGCAGUGCGGCCGCCGCUUCAGCCGCAAGUCUCACCUGGGCCGCCACCAGGCGGUGCACACGGGCAGUCGGCCGCACGCCUGUGCCGUCUGCGCCCGCAGCUUCAGUUCCAAAACCAACCUUGUUCGCCACCAGGCCAUCCACACGGGCUCCCGCCCCUUCUCCUGCCCGCAGUGCGGCAAGAGCUUCAGCCGCAAGACCCACCUGGUGCGGCACCAGCGCAUCCACGGUGAAGCCGCGCAUCUGGCAUCCGAGGCCGACCUCCCUGUCCCGGCCUGGCCCACUCCCACCGAGGCGGCCCCGCCCCCGCUCUUCUUCUGA